AUGGCUUCCUCCGGUGAAGACCUGCUUGAAGCAAACUGGGGUGGUUUGCUUGACGAAGCUGCAGUACACACCCAGACGUUAUCCCAACUCACCGACGAAGCUGUUCAAGCCUGCCCGAGCUCGGACGAAUCUUCUGCUCAUGAUGCAGUGCCUGUUUGCGAGAGUAGCGAGUCAGAAGGCCCCAUGCCAACACAGUCGUGGAGCCUCAAACCUGCAUCGCCCUGGUGGGCGUAUAGGUUGGUGCACCUUACCAGGCAGUACUCUCGUGAGGAAAUUCGCCGUCCUGUGAACAUCAUUUCCGGUUGUGCUGGAGUCUCGGCGGAAAGUUUCGUGUUCAAGGCCCUGAACAUUCCCUUCAACCUCAUGUCUGCUUCGGACCCAGCGGCGCAUUGUCGCGCCUUCGCAGAUGAAAACCUGACAAAUCAUCAGGCAACACAUUGGUUCGCAGGCAUUAAGCAGCAGGCUGAAGGAACUGCGUGCCUUCGGCACCCGUACGCGGAACGCUGCCAAGGAUCCCCAGUACAAGCAGACGUGGCCCUAUUAGGGUCACCGUGCCACCCCUUUUCAAGUCAGAGGAGCACUCGUUGGACCAAGGGAUCCGUUGAAGGGCAUCCUGAGUUUGACAUCAGCAUGAGCCAGAGCUUGAAAUGGAUCAAGGCCUUUCUUCCAGGAGUCUUGAUAUAUGAACAGGUCAUGGGUUUCACACAACCAUUCUUCGAGAAGGGUUCUGAGACUCCGCUUCUGCGGUUCAAACAGCUACUGUUAUCUCAACGAGAUAUUCAGCCUGGAUACUGGCUUGUGACGCUGAAGCUGGACAUGAAGAUCUGGCUCCCCAUCGCGCGGCCCAGGCUGUACCUGGUGUUCCUGAACAAGGGCAAGUACACGAAGGACCAAGCGAAGACAUUCAAGGACAUCGUGGAGGACAUCUGCGCGCGCCAACAGCAGCUGCCAGCUCGCACUCUGGCGGAUACGCUUUUGGCCGCGGAUGAUGCCUUGGUACAGCAAGGGUUGCAGAGGAAAUCUUCCAAGGAGCUCUCUGGGCUGCACCUCCAACCAGCGCGUGCAGGGAGGUGGCAGGAGGACAGCGCGAAGUGGCGCGCAGAGCUAGGCGUGCUGCGCACCUAUCAUCCAUAUACCCAAACGCUUGACUUGCAGAAGGCAGGCCUGGGUACUGUGGGGUGCAAGCGGACACUUGAUCUACUGGACUGCGUAACACUAGCUGCUGCCAAGAAAGCUCGCACAACGGUGAAGAGGGUAGAGCAGCUUCUUUCGGAAACACUCGUUGAUGUGUCACAGAGUCAUGAUCGGCGGCCCCUUCCUAAACUGGAAGGGCCCAAUAGAUGCCUCACAACCAGCAACGCAGAUUGCUGUGCCCAGUAG